AUGGAUAAUCCUCUAAGUUUUAGUUUAGGAAUUACUCAGUUAGAUGCAACUAUACAAGAUAUUCCACUUGGAUUUGUUCCUGCUACAUUUGAUGAACAGGAUCCUGAUUGGGCAGAGAAUCGAUCAAAGCACAGAAACGACCCCGUUAAAAUGAAGAAAUUGACGGAUAAGGCUGCUUCUAAAUCGAAGAAGUCUACUUUAAAAGCAAGUAAAAAGAAAUUUGAUGAUCCGGCCGACCACGGCAUGAAAUACCGAAUUGAUAAAGUCCCACCACACCCAUUGCAUAUGGGGAGCUUAUGUAACUGUGCUUUCGGGAAAGAGAUAAAGGAAUAUUUUGGAGAGAAUGAUAACAAAAACGAGCUUCAUGUUUGGGUACAAGAGGAAAUCCUCAAAUUCACAAUGCUUAAUUUCGCCAUAAUAAGCGAUUUGAAGUGUACCGGUAAUAUUGAUGAUUAUAUGUAUACUUCAUCAUCUAAAUCAGCGUUGAUGUCGAGGUAUUUUCCUGACAAUAAAGGAGCAAUAACUCAUUCAAAACUGAUAACACGGGUGCAGAAUGGAAACUUUGAUAACGCUGAAGAUGCUCUGAACCUGGCGAUAUUGUUCUUUGUUCAUACAUUCAUAUUUUCUCAGCAUAAGAAAGCACCAAUCAGUGUUGUGCACUUUCAAAUUGUUGAGGACGAAUCAAAAACUGUUGUCCGUCAGAGAAAGGUUGUUCCCAGAAUACUAAACUGGUCGGUGCAGUGUAUAAGGCCUACGCAUGAAUCUUUUAUGUCUGGCAUGUUCACUAAGCAUUCUUACAAGAAUAUACAACCUACAACCGAUGAAGUUAGGAGAUUGGAUUUGUCCUUUUCAAAAGAUUUUGAGAUAUGUGAUCCAACAACUUAUGCUUCGACAUCUGAUUCUGGAAAGUUGAAAAGGACAACAGUUGAAAUUCAACAGCGUGUUGGUACCAUUGCUGAAGAAUUUGGUGAUUUCAGCACUAUACCGCAGCGGGAAAUCCUCAUAAAGGCUGGUUUUGAAUUACCUGUAUCGCCUGACCAACCUUUGAAGAAAAGAAAGACUGUCGUGUUUGAGCAAGAAAAGCAAGUGGUGGUGGAUGAUGAUACAUCUGGAUCUAUUCAUGCAAUACAUCAUGGAUCUGAUUUGUAUCGUGAAAUGCAUAAGGAUACAACAGACAAGGGAGAAAAUGGUGUGUCUGAAAUUCAACAUCAUCAUCAUGUAGAAAAUGGUGUUUCUCCGCAGAGUCACCAGUACAAGUUUGUUCCUUCAUUAUCCACACAGCCUGAAGGGACUUCUAAAUCAAGUUUAGAUGGAGAUGAAAUAAAGAAUUACAUCAACAAAUGUUUGGCUGAAACAAUGGCCGAACUGAUUACACUAAUAUCAAAAAUACCUGCUGAGAUUUUUGUUGUUAUACAGGAGGACAAAAUUGAUGAACAACAACAAAGUCAAGAAGACGGAUCCAACAAACAGGAGCGACAACAUAAAUCUGAUAUGCAGCAUGAAGAUUAUGAUAAAGGAUCACUAAACGAUAUGGAAGUGUCUCGUGAUGAAGAAUCUAAUAAGCAGAACCUUCUUGAAGAGCAACAAUUGCUGGAUGUGAAUGCGGCCGAUAAAGAUGCAGGUCGUGAGGAUAAUUUUAAAAAUGAGCACUGUUCUGAUUUGCAAGUUUUGGAGGAUGAUAUUAUGGCAUAUGAAGAAGAAUGUAGCGAUGAAGAGUUGGGAAAAAAGAACAUUCCAGAUGUAGAAGAUUUGCCGGAUGUGAAUCUAACCGCUAAAGAAGAUGUUACUGAAGUGAAUUUGAAAAAUCAGAAAUCUACUGAUGUGACAGAUGUCCAGGAUGAAGUUGGUGGGACAGUAACUGAUUCAAUACAAUCAGUUGUAGAUACAAUUUUAUUUGGUCUGUCAACACCUUCGACUACAAAGUCAUUGGAUGUUGGUUCGGGAGCUUCAAGCGUCAAAAUAAAAAGCACCUUCCAAACGAGAAAGAAGUCCAGGAUUUUAAGGUCACCAUACAUUUCAAACUAUGGUUCUGGCUCUAAGGAUACGGUUGAUAACGAUAAAGAGGAGAAGUUGAAGUAUGCUUUUGAUGGGUACAACAUCAACCAAGAUUUUCCUAACGAAUUGAUGAUUGAUUACUCCCAGUGGAUUGUCGUACGAUUGCUGAAAACUCAUUCUGCCAAGAAAGAGACGGACAACCACUAUCGAGUAAAUGCUUCUGGGUUAGGUUUUAGACAAUUGAACUUUGUCGUUGCAUAUCCAUAG